CUUUACUGUUCUGAUAGGUAAUAUAUACGUGAAUUUAAUAACUAUGAAUGCCAACUUGAACCUCAGUAGUUGGGUGUCAACGUUAUAUAUCGACUAUCGAUUGGUGAUAAAUUGGGCGUAUAUCAAUAGUUGCAGGAGAUAAGAAUUAAAAUAUUGCCAUGGAAAAGGGUGUAACAAUGUCGCCACCACCACCACCACCACCACCUGGUUUUAUCCCACCACCACCACUAUCUCAUUCUGUCCCACCACCGUCAUAUGAACAACCACAGACAAAUCCCGUUAUCAUAAGGACUUUAAAUUUUGGUCCUGCACAACAGAAUAUAAUAUGUCCUACUUGUCAUACAAAUGUAUUCACAAUAAUUGAAAGGGAAGCAAACAUGAAAACUCACCUCUUUGCAUUAGGACUAUGUCUUUUAGGAUGCUGGUGUUGUGUUCCUUGCCCUUACUGCAUGGAUAGUUGUUUGGUAACGAAACACUAUUGUCCUUCUUGUAGAACAUAUUUAGGACAAAGUGAUAAUUAAUUCUACAGUAACAUUAUCGAAACCAUUUCGUUAUAUAUAUAUAUAUAUAUACAUAUAUGUAAUAUAAUAUAUAUUAUUCUGACUUUUUAUAAGGCAUAAACAAUAUUUUGCGCAUUUAUUUUAUACAAUUACUUUUUUUUGAAGUGUUCAUAAUCUUGAAAAUAUGACCAAAAAACAUAGAUCUUUAACAUAAGAUUGUAGAUGCUUAUUCCAACUUAAGUUAAUUGGUUAAUUAACUUAAUUUAAUUUUAAUGAUUAAAAAUUUGAUGUUGUCGAUAUAAUUUAUAGAAAGGUAAUCUUUAAAUCAAUUUUGUAGUUGUAUUAAUAUCUUGUUUUAUACUUCUUAGCACUCAAUUGUAAAUUUAAACGCUAUUUUAAAUAUGACUGCUAAACAAGUAUAGGUGUUCAUUUUAAUAUUAUAAAUAUACUAUAUAUAUUAUGUAUAUAAACUAAUAUUCUAAAAUUUAUAUUAUAAAUUUUUAUGAAAAUAUUUUUAAAUGUAAGAUCUAGAAUUGUGAAUUAAAAAUGACUAUACUACUACCAUCAAUAAUAAGUUUUGUAUUAAUGUACUGAAAUCUUUUUAUUAUUUAAUUAGAUACAUUUAUGUAAAAUCUGAUUUAUUGCUUCUCAAUCAAUGUAUAAUCAAUUAUAUAUAAAAAAUCUUUGAUGUUAUAGUCAGAUUGAAGCACAUGAAAGAAUAGGUAUUGCAAUAAAUAUUUUUAUUGAAGA